AGCGCCGCCGCCGCUGCUCCCGCUCCGCGCACAAUGGCGACUCCCAGCCCCAGCGGCGGCUCCGGGGGGAGCGGGAGCGGGCCCGGCCCGGGCGCCGCCGGCAGCAGCAGCAGCAGCAGCAUGCAGGGUAAACGCAAAGCGCUGAAGUUAAAUUUUGCAAAUCCACCUUUCAAGUCCACAGCAAGAUUUACUCUAAAUACUUCUGGAGUUCCUUUCCAAAAUCCACACAUUGACACACAAGCAACCCCGGGUAGUAAUCACAUUGUCCCGUUCAGUUUCAAAAGGAGAGAAGCGGACCUCAUCCCGAAACUGUCCAGCAGGCUACAAGAGAGACUGAGAACACACAGCAUUGAAUCAUCAGGAAAAUUGAAGAUUUCCCCUGAGCAACAUUGGGAUUUUACAGCAGAGGACUUGAAAGACCUUGGAGAAAUUGGACGAGGCGCUUAUGGUUCUGUCAACAAAAUGGUCCACAAACCAAGUGGGCAAAUUAUGGCAGUUAAAAGAAUUCGGUCGACAGUGGAUGAGAAGGAGCAGAAGCAGCUUCUGAUGGACCUUGAUGUGGUGAUGAGAAGCAGUGACUGCCCCUACAUUGUUCAGUUUUAUGGCGCACUCUUCAGAGAGGGUGACUGUUGGAUCUGUAUGGAGCUCAUGUCUACCUCGUUUGAUAAGUUUUACAAAUAUGUAUAUAGUGUAUUAGAUGAUGUUAUUCCAGAAGAAAUCUUAGGCAAAAUCACUUUAGCUACUGUGAAAGCACUAAACCACUUAAAAGAAAACUUGAAAAUCAUUCACAGAGACAUCAAACCUUCCAAUAUUCUUCUGGACAGAAAUGGGAAUAUUAAACUCUGUGACUUUGGCAUUAGCGGACAGCUCGUGGACUCCAUUGCCAAAACGCGGGAUGCGGGGUGCCGGCCGUACAUGGCGCCGGAGCGGAUAGAUCCCAGCGCCUCGCGGCAAGGCUACGACGUGCGCUCCGACGUCUGGAGCUUGGGCAUCACACUGUACGAGCUGGCCACGGGGCGAUUCCCCUACCCCAAGUGGAACAGUGUGUUUGACCAGUUGACACAAGUAGUGAAAGGAGACCCACCACAGCUGAGUAACUCAGAGGAAAGGGAGUUUUCCCCAAGCUUCAUCAACUUCGUCAACUUGUGCCUUACAAAGGACGAGUCCAAAAGGCCAAAGUACAAAGAGCUUCUGAAACAUCCCUUCAUCCUGAUGUAUGAGGAACGCACAGUGGAUGUUGCAUGCUAUGUUUGUAAAAUCCUGGAUCAAAUGCCAGCAACUCCCAGCUCUCCAAUGUACGUGGAUUGAUACUGCUGCUACAUCAAACUCUAGAAAAAGGGCUGAGAGAAAACAAGCUGUAAAGAAUUUUCAUCACAUAUUGCAGUGUUUUUAAUGCUCGCCCAGACACCAUGUGCAAUAAUAUUGGUGUUAUUUCCAUCCUGUCUGUAUACUGUUGUCACAUAUAAAGUGCAUCCCUGUAAUACCUGAUCACACAGUGUUAGUGUUGGUCACAGAGAGACCUCAUCUUGCUCUUUUGUGGACAUAUUCAUGAAAUGUGGAAAUAAGUACAUAUAUUUGUUGACUGUGAUUGGAUAGCACCUAAAAUUCAUUUCUAGACUCAAAACUUGGAGAUUCCUCAGCAGCUACUGGAAAGAUUUUUCUCUCAAACUCUUCCAAUUGUUGUUUCAAGUAAUAAUAAAAAGCAAACAAACAAAAGUUAGGCGUUGUCUGUCUGAACAUUAAGAGACUUUGCCUGGAGGGAGAAGAACUUGCUUAACCAACGAGAUGCUUUGCCUUCUGGAGCUGGAAAGGCAAAGGAGAAUUUUAUUCUUCACAAAGUGCAAUAGAUUUACUGCUAUGAAAUUCUGUUGCUUUACAGUCGCAGUGUACUUUCUGGGGACAGUGUGCUCAGCUGAACUUCCUGUUAAAGAGAGAUCAUGUUAAAUAUAGUGAAUAUGUCUUUACCAAAAAUAUGUUGCGUUGAAAGAGGCUAACAUUAAACUAUUGAGAUGGGACAUAAUGUAUUCUUCCUCCUUUUACCAAGCCAGCCACUCUUCACUCUUAACUAGGUGUCCUGUAAAUUGUUACCUGGUAAGAUAAGACCUUUGACCUGAAGAAUUAUUAAACUACUUGAUUGAAUUUAA